UCAUUCACACCUCCCCACAUUUAUACGCCAUUUUCCUUGCUCCAUUUUCUCCAUCUUUACCAAUUAAGUUGCAGGCAGGCAGUUGAUCUCACAAUUCUGUAGAAUAUGGAUAUCACCAAGGAUUCCCAAGAGACUUUUUGCAGGAUUACACCGAAUAACAACAUUGUGUUUAUCUUGGCAUGGCAUGCUCUUCACUGGAUUCUUAGAGUCUUAAGCCUUGCUCAUGAGGUCCUUCGUGCAGUCGAAAGCUACCUUAUAACAAAAGGAUUAUUGACAAGAUACAAACAUCUACAUUUAGACCGAGUCAAAUAUCUUGGAGUUGUCAUAGAUAGUGAUGAAGCUCGACAGACGUUAGAAGUUAUUGAACUUAUGCAAUGGCUUUCAGGCAUUGGUAUAAAAAAGGUCUGUCUAUAUGAUAGGGAAGGCGUGCUGAAAAAAUCCAAGGAAGUCUUAUUGGAGAAAUUUAGUUCGGCAAAACUAUCCAAUGUGGAUUCAAAAACAGAUUUCUUUUUGGGUAAAAAGAAAAUGGAUUUUGAAUUUGUUUCAAUUUCUGAUGGAAAAGAAGCAGUUGCAAAAGCAGCUAAUUUACUCUUCAAAAUGUAUUACUUGGGGGAAGAUACUGAGAAACCCUUUUUCACCGAGACUUACUUAUCUGCGGCAUUAAAGACCCUUGGUUAUGUAGAGCCUGAUCCCGAUCUUUUAUUUAUAUAUGGGCCAGCAAGAUGCCACCUUGGUUUUCCAGCAUGGAGAAUUCGAUAUACAGAGAUGGUACACAUGGGGUCUUUGAAGAAUAAGAAAUAUGGCUUAAUUCUAAAAGCCAUUCAUCAAUUUACCAAAGUGAAGCAAAACUAUGGUUCAUAAGCUACACAAGAGCUGCUGCCAUUUUGGAGUAGCAUUGAAGGCAUAUGAUAAACAAAGACCAUACUUCUCCAUAGUCCAUAUAUUACAUCUCCAACAUUACGACAUCGUUUUUUUUUUUUAUGUGUUUCCUUCACAAAGGACCUAAAGGAUAUGUGUAACUAUCAUAGAUCGACCGUCUUCUUUCUUUCUUUAUGUUCUCAACGACUUUGUUUUAACUAUUGGAAUAAUCUUUGGGAGUUUACUAGUUGAGGGGAACUUUAUGCA